CUCUCUUCCUGUAUCCCUUUUUCCUCCUGCGCCGUGUCCAUCGCUCUUUCUCUCGGCGGAUAGAGGAAGAGACCGGAGUAUUAUUAUUAUUAUUAUUAUUAUUAUUAUUAUUAUUAUUAUUAUUAUUAUUAUUAUUAUCAUUAUUUUUUUAUGCGUCUCGCAUCCACGGCGGAAGCAGAAGAAGAAAGAUAAAAGAGAAGGAGGAGAAAAAAAAGGCGUGUGUGGGGUAAUUCUGUACAGAUGCUGGGGCUGGUCGGAGACUGAGAUCACUCCCUGGAGCCAUGCGUGGUCAAAGCUCCAUCUCUGUCCUUCUGCUCGUCUUGUUCGCCGCAGCAGAAACCGCAGGAGGCUUCUCAGGAGAUGAUGGCAGCUACCGGACGCAGCGGUAUCUCCGCCUGUCUCCGAUGUUGGAACAACCUGCCCGCUCCCUCGCUUUCGCCCCCAAGCGAAUGUCCUCCACCUUCCGCCAGGUUCCUCGCGAUCGCCAGGAGCUCAGCUUCCUCGCCAAGACGGAUGAGGAGGAGCGCGUGGAGGACCCUGCCAUGUCUACGCGUCAUAUCGUCACCGUGGCGUUGCAGGUGGAUGUUCGGCAGUUGAACGUGAGCCUCCUGCGGAUGUUCCGUGAAGGUGUAGCAGAGGCCCUGGACAUUUCACCUCGACAUGUUCACAUCAACCAUCUGAAUGAGCAGAGGAACUCCAUCGAGCUGUACGUCUCCUCAGACUCGGCUGGCGCUCCGGAGCUCGUGUCCUCGGAGGAGGUGAUCCGCUCGCUCAACAUCGACACCCUGCACAGAAGCCUCGCUCCGUUUGGCGUCACUGAGGUCUCGGCUGAGAAGAACGUGCUUCAAGGCCAGCAUGAGAGGGACAAAGUGUGGAGCAACGAGGGCUUCUACAUGGUGGUCAUCUUCCUCACGAUCUUUGUCAUCGUCGUCACCUGUUUAAUGGUGCUUUACCGACUCAAGGAGAAGGUUGAGUUUGCAGACAGGCAGCUAAAGGGGCUGGGUGUAUCUGUGUCUGUGCAUGCCACCCAGCCGCCCCUGACCCUCACCAGCAGCAUGGUGCAGGCUUGCCCUGCCCCAAAACCUGCAUGCACCACUGCAACCAGCACAGCCCUGUCCACCGCCACCACCACCACCACUACCUUCACCCAGAUCCACCACAGCACACCUCAUACACACAACACACACCCUGGUGCCUCCACGUCUGAGUUUCAGUACCCCCCAUGCCCCCCUGUGGCUGAAUUCAAACCCUGCCUGUCCUCCAGCCCGUCGCCUUUCAGGAUGAAGUCUGCUGCCGGUCUGCAAGAGAGACGUGGCUCUAACGUUUCCUUGGUGCUGGAUAUGAGUUCGCUUGGCUCGGUGGAGCCUUUGAACUCUGGCGUAAACACUCCUCGCGAGCGAGUGGCCCAGGAGUACCUGCAGUCGGCCACUCGAGUCCUCACACGCCAGCAGCUCCGAGAUGCCGCUCUCAACACGCAGGCCCUGCAUGCCGAGUUUGCUGAAAUUCCAAUGAACUUUGUUGAUCCAAAGGACCUGGACAUUCCAAGUCUUGGGACCAAAAACAGAUACAAGACCAUUUUGCCAAAUCAACACUCCCGAGUCCUCCUGAAAAACAGGAAUAGCUGUGAUCCCCUCAGCAGCUACAUAAACGCCAACUUUAUCCGAGGUUACCUCGGACACGAGAAAUCGUUUAUUGCAACGCAAGGUCCUAUGAUCAACACCGUAAACGACUUCUGGCAGAUGGCCUGGCAAGAGGAGUCGCCCAUCAUUGUCAUGAUCACCAAGCUGAAAGAGAAGAAUGAGAAAUGCGUCUUGUACUGGCCGGAAAAACGAGGCAUUUACGGCAAGGUCGAGGUCCUCGUCAACGGUGUCAGGGAAUGUGAGCAUUACACCGUCCGUACGCUCACACUCAAACAAGCAGGAAAAAGUCGUAAGGUCCAGCAUUACUGGUACACUUCAUGGCCGGAUCAUAAAACCCCGGAGAGCGUGGGGCCUCUUCUGGAGCUCAUGACCGAUGUGGAGAAAAGCAGAGAAGCUUCGGAAUCUCAUGGCCCCAUCAUUGUUCACUGCAGUGCUGGAAUUGGACGCACAGGCUGCUUCAUAGCCACGACAACAGGCUGCCAUCAGCUUCGUCUAGAAGGAGUGGUGGAUGUCCUGAGCAUCGUGUGCAAGCUGAGAGUAGACAGGGGCGGAAUGAUCCAAACCGGAGAACAGUAUGAGUUUGUCCACCACGCCUUGAGUCUCUACGAAAGCCGUCUCUCUGCGGACCCGGACCCAUGACCACAAACGACAUCGAGAACAAGAUGGUACGAGGAUUUUUUUUUUUGCGCACUCCAGGAAGAACAAUCUCAAGGGUCCAAGAAUCCAUCCCUUAUUCUCCUUUAUACUGGAGACAAUCCAGAAUAUAUAUAUAAAUAGAUCUUUGAAAGAGAUCCCAGCAGAUCCCAGUUAUGUGCUCUGGACUUCUUCGCUUCGGAAGAGGUGCGUUUGCUCUGUCCAGCUUGACUCAACUGAUAGACAUUCUGUCUGGAUUUUUCAAACUUCUUACUCGUUCAUGGCCAAGUGUUCAGUUCAUACAUGAAACUACGUGCACAAGGUAUUUCCAAGAUUGUUAAAUGCAUCGGAAGGACAGCUCCUUCGUUAAUAUAAUAUUGCUAAAAACUAUUAUA